GUCUGACUGGUUCAACAGGUUACAUCACUAGGGCAUUUCCCGACAUGUCAACUUUUGUGCUGCUUUCACUUUCUCAUAUGCUGUUUUUGAUUACUUUAUUUGAAAUUUUAUUAACAUGAUGAAAACAAUUUCGAUUCUGCAUUCUGGUCUGGUCUUACCAGACACUAUAAAGCUAUUCUUGACAAACUAUUAUUCAUAUAGCAAAACGCGUGUGCGCGUGCGCAAAUGCGUGUGCUAACAGCAGGCUAUUUCAUUGUAACUUCCCCAUACCAGAAUGACGCCAAUGUCCACGGACUUCACAUAAAGCGAGUAAUGGAUCCGUUUAAUCAACGAGGACCAAAUGCAUUUAGUAACGUUUUCAUUCGGUUUUAUGACUUUAUGGUGUUCAAGAUGUCCUGUUCCUGUCGUGAACUUAUUGUACCUGUGGUCUUCUGUGCCCAGGUGGCCAGCUCGUUUUUUGACACCGCUCUCCAAAUGGUUGUCAAAGAGCGAAGUGCCACCAACUCCACAGACCCAGACCAGGAGCAGAAAGCCAUCACAAACUUCAACAUGACCUUCAACAUGAUACUUAAAUUUAUGCCCAUUGUGCCUGCGAUCAUCUUGGCAAAGAUUGGAGACAAAGGUUACAGAAAAGUGCCAAUUGUCGUUCCGCUAGUUGGAUACUUUCUGUCCAGAGGUUUGCUUCUGCUGGAUAUUUUACUGGAAUGGCCUCUUCAGGUGUUGUACGCAGUGCCUGUGAUUCACGGACUGUGUGGUGGAUUCGCAUCAUACUGGGCAGGCGUGAUGGCGCUGGUGUCGGUGCGCGCACGUGAAGACGUGCGCUCUUUGAGCAUUAUGAGAACCGAACUGGUGUAUGGCAUCGCUGGCUUCAUCGGCAGCUUAGCUUCUGGACAUUUAUUUAAUCUCUACACAGUUGACCUGAAACACGGAGUACUUUUAUCAGGAUUCAGUGUUCUGCUUUACUUCUUCUCUCUGCUCUAUGCGGCAUUGUUUCUGCGGAUCGGUCAUCUCGCUGCGCUUGGAGAUGGACAGGAGAGACGGGAGAGUGUCGGGAUCAUAAACCAAGACGCUCAUGAUAAGAUAAACAUAAUUUUGCUUUACGGCAGUGGAAUUUUGUAUGAUAUAGCCGUGGCGGGGGGGAUGGAGAUGUUGGCGGCGUAUGUGCUUAAAGACCCCCUAAACUGGGGCGCUACAGAAGUGGGUUACGGAAAUGCGGUCGGGUCCCUUAUUUUCAUUACCAGUUUUGUUGGUGUGAAGUUGUUUACUAGAUGUUCUGUUAGAGACGAGGGUAUGAUCAUUAUCGGUAUGAUCUCAUUUGCAGUUGGGAUUUACUUUAUGGCAUUUGUGACCACAACUCCAAUGUACUUUUUGGCUCGCUCUAUCACACUGUUUGCUCUUAUACCAAUGCCCACCAUUCGCUCUCUGCUCUCCAAACAAGUCAAGGGAACUUCAUACGGUAUUACCUUUGUCAUGCUCCAAUUGUCAUUUAAACUUGCUAGCUUGGUCACCACACCCAUCUACACCAAGAUCUAUCAGGCCACACUUGACACCUUCCCUGGGUUUGUCUUCGUACUGUCCAGCAUAUUCACUGUCCUGUCUAUGAUACCCAUCAGUUAUGUUGUUUUGGGUUUUCCUGUAAAGUGUUGUAGGAUGGCGCUCAGCAAGACACAGUGGAUAUGAGAGAAUUCAAGGGAACUAAAAACAUCAAAUCCUCAAAGACAACAUGACGGAUCUCUUUUAAAAGAAUGGGAUUCAGAUAUGGAUUGUAUUUUUUUGUAGAAAUGCACUGUUACAUAAGACUGGUCCUAACAAGACAUGGCACAAUAAUGUCAACCUUUCAACCUGGUGUCAGAAUAUGCCUACUUCCCUAUUAUAGUAUGUGAUAGUAUGGAGUAGUGCAGUUUUAUUAGUCAUGAUUGUUCCUCAAGAAAUCACAUACUUCCCAAACCUUCCCCAAAACAUGCCAAAUAUAUAAAA